GCCAGCGGACCCGCAUUCAAGUCCGGCUACAAUCACGCCAAGCCUUUCAUUAAUGUAGAUCUCUAUCCAUUGAUGUUACGGGUAUUGCAAUUGUUUCCCACAACUCAGUUCCCGAGCAAUGGAUCGCUCACUAAUGUCUGGGAUUUACUCAUUCCUCCCAUUUAUUCCGAAGAUUACGACACAUCGACUCAGAAGUGGUUUAAUUUAAUUCUCUAUGUUUUUGGCGGAUUCGGUGUCUUAUUCUUCGGCAGCGUUUGCCUCAUCUGCAGCACAAAUGUCCGAAAAUCAUUGCGUAAGUCUCGGCCGCCGGACAUCGUGUGGGACUCGUUGGGCAACGGACUGGACAUCGACUUGCGGUCACACUUGGGUCCAGAUGUGCACGACUUCUCUAAGCCUUUCGACGACGACAUUAUAAACCGCGCAAAACGUCUUCAACGGCCGGAAGAGACACUUCUUCUACUGGAAGACGACGACGAGGAGGAUCUGUGAUAAUACUUGUUAUUAAUUAUUAUUGAAUAUAUAUUAUAAACAAAUUGUUGUUAUUUUAUAUGAAAACUGAUUCCGGAUUCUAAUUGGUCUCAAAUCACGGAUUAUUUGUUAAAAUGAAAACUGAUUUGUUUUUUAUUGUAAAAACAAUACAACUCUUUUUUUUAGUCACGAAAUUAUUUGCCAAUCCAUUAAUGCUUUUAAUCAUUACUUAAUUUGGUUUUUUAAUUAUCAUAUUUUUUAUAUUCAUUCUCCGACU